AUGAGCAUUUCAAAGAACCCCCACAGACUUUCUUAUCAAAGCUCAUGCGAUUGUGCCAUUGAUCGAGCAAUCCGCCUAGGGAACAAUUACAUCUUCAUUACUGGGGCUACUAGACAGGCCGACACUCCAGCUGCAAAAAGUUAUAUAGUUUAUCACAUCCGUGUGGGAGAUAUUGAAACAAAACAUCGAUACAGUGAUUUUGAAUCAUUACAAAGAUCAUUAUCAAAGUUGCAUCCUAUUAUUAUAGUACCUCCUAUUCCCGAAAAGCACUCAUUAGCAUCAUAUGCUGCAGUUCAAACACGAGUCAAGGAUGACCUAUCCAUGGUAGAGAAACGAAAGAGAAUGUUACAGACAUUCUUGAACAAAGUAGCCAGACACCCAGAGUUAGGCCGAGAUCAUGUGUUUCACGAUUUUCUUGACUGUACCAAAAUAUGGACAAAUGUUGUUCGUUCACCACCUCUGUCCACACUUCCCAAGAACUUGCUUAUGAUGGUUUUAAGAAAGCAGCAGGAUAACCAAAUCAAGAUCCUUCCUGUAAACUUAAUUCCUUCUCAAAGCACAUAUACUUUGAAGAACCCUGACCCACGUUUCGAGCAAAUUGAACAAACAACAUUCCGUAUUGCUAAUUAUAUGACAAAUCAUCUAGACAAAAGUCAGCGCAAGGUGAUUCGUCGUCUAGGAGAACUUGUCAGUGAUUAUGCGGAAGAAGGAGCAGCUUACGGUCAAUUGAGCUUGAAUGAAACAAAAGAAGUAUCAAAGGCUAUCAGGAAAAUAGGGUUUGCAGUCGAAACUUCUUGUGCAGAGACAAAUCAAAUGUUUAUUUCAUUGGAAGGCGAAUUUUCGGAGCCAAUCCAAGAACACGCCCAGCUUGCGCACAUCGUCAAGCAAGUGCUUAGGUUUAGGUCUCAAAAGCACGCACAAGUAGAGCUCAUAGAGAGUGUCCUGGCAAGCAAGCAAAAAGCAUAUGAUAAUCUCCAAAGAAUUGAAGAAGAUUCCGAGCGCUUACAACAAACCAUGACGACAGAAGAAGCAGAGGCGGAUCAGCCACCCACAAUAACCCCAGAAGAUAUUUCUCCCGAAGAUUAUUACUCCCCAGUACUACAGCGCAAUAAAAUAAGACCCAAACGACAAUGGUCAGGGAAACCAUUUCAAUUUUUCAGUGCAGUAGGGAACACAUUUAGUAGCAUACUUGAUGUGGAUCCAGAGACUACACGACGUAACCAAAUCGAGAAAACAAAAGACGUGAUCGAAAAACUUCAGGAGGCACUGCAAUUGACUCGCGAUGAUUUAUUAGAGGCAUCAGCAAAUAUCGAUGAAGAUCUUAUUAGAUUUCAGCGCCAAAAGGCAAAAGAUUUGCGUGAUAUGCUACUAGUUUACGCAAAAACUCAUAUCCGCCAUUGUCAAAAGAACAAAGAAGCAUGGCAAAAAGCUCGUACUGAGGUAGACACAAUCCCCAGCUGGCCGUUUCCAAAUAAAUAG